AUGGAGCAAAUCAUCACCUUAUUGAAGGACGUGCUUGAGCCGACUGGGAACGAGUACAGGACUGGUGACGGUGAACAAGCCGUGUUGGUGCCAUCACCCACCAUGUACGAGGACUGGCCGACACUCGAGUUUCCAGACCUCACCAAGUCAAUAUUCGACCUUUUCUCCAGGACAACAAGUGAAUCGGUGUCCUCUGCGCUUCUCUCCGAGCUUACAAGAUCCAUCAGCGACGAGGAUGAUCAGUUGUCAAUCAGGCUUCAGACUGACGACCAGUUAAGAUGGUGUAUGCAGGUACUGAAUUAUUCGCUCACGCUCUCCUUCACCACUCAUCGUGAAUUCGAGACGAUAUCCAGUACACCAUUGGUGGACACACCAGAAAAGUACUUUAGGAGUAUAAUUGAUGCUCUCCGCAAUCUGUUCUGUCGUCGGAUUGAUAUCAAAGGAGAGGUUCCACGAGGUUUAGCGAUUGAACGGCAAGCUCGUGAAGUAGAAACAGUCUUGGAUGCCGUGCGCGAGUUGACGCUAACGGCAAGUAGAAAAUACCAAAAUGAGGUAUGGGCUCGCAUACUUAGCUUUCUACUUAAUUCGGCGGAUCUCCUCCUAGCCGACCCGCUUUUUCCAGGUUUGUUUGUGUUUGGUGAACGUAUCGAUACAUGUCCGAACCACGAACUUGUCACCGUCAUAGAAUCUUGGGCACGGAAACUUCUGGCAAUGACUGUUUUGGUGUGUCGUAAGAUGUAUGGCGAGGAUUACUGUAAAAUUGCAAUACACGACGAAAGCAUCACUCCGUUUGCAUUUUUGCCACCUGUUGAAGAGGACGGCGAAGUUGAUUUGCUCUAUCAUAGUUGGUUCAAUUUGUUUUGCUUGCUGGAUUCACCAGCGGACAUCCUUUCUCACGAUGUCAUGCAGAACAAGCCUAUCAAUGGAGGCGUUUCGGAGUACGACGGAACUGUAGAAGUGCAGCCGCCUGUAUCACUGCCUUUGUGUUUCUUUCUAGCGGCUACAGCAUUACAAAGGAUGGUUGAUGUGUUUUAUGGUGACAGCUUUGUGCCUAUUGAAUUCAAAGAAUCUGGUAUUCUUGUGCAAAAGUGGACAAUGGCGACGCCGACCCCGUCUCUUGCAUCUGAAAUGACUGGUAGUCGUCCUCGUAGUGAAUUUACUCGUGAAAAGGCAAGUACGGUGACCGAUUCUACAGGAGCAUCUCGAGACACUCGUGAUACUGACGGUACCUUAACACAUGAUUCACGUGGUUCUUUUUCUUCUUCAACGAGUGCUAAAGAAGGUCGCAGCAUGUCGGAUAUGACGAAACGUUCAGUGCGAACGAAACAGUCAGACCGCGUAAAUGACGAUCACAGUGGGACGAAUAUGAGUGCUUCACAGCAUUCACAACAUUCACAUCCUAUGAGCUCCGCCAGUGCAAGCCGUCAUACAAACGAUCAGAUUUCUCCAAAAACUGCCGAAAGCGUGAGUCAAGGACGUAUCACGGAUACGAAGCAGUCUCUGAUGUCGGCUGAAAGUUCGUUACGUCCACUUGCCUUGCAAUUUGUGGCACAUACGCUUGCAGUGAAUCCGGCCUAUAUACCAUGGGUGGACGAAAAAGGGCCGAAGGCCGAACGCAUUCUAGACUUGACCAUGGAAUGGCUGUUAGCGGCGACACGAGCGAAGUCGGAGCACAAAGCGAAAGCCGAGGUGACUGAUGGUGAGUAA